UAUCUAAAAUUUAUAAGCGAUCUUAAAAUCGUUCUAAUCUUUCCUCUAUGAAAAUAUACAUUUUGAUUAAUUCUUCGAUUAGUACGUCACUCUUGUUAGAAAAUUAUUAAUGCUCAUAAGACAAUGGAAAAAAAAACUUCGACCAAUAUGAAACGAUAUCAGUAACAGUCUUUGUUCUGUAUUUCUCCAAUUUCCGAUUGUCACUAAUGUUGCUACAAACACGCGACACCGUAUGAUCUUAUUUCAUACACAUAUUACGUGGAAUGUGGAAUAAAAGAGCUUCCCCCAUGGGAAAUCGCAAUAUUAACGCAAAAGUCUUCUACCUCGUCGCAUGUAACUUUCAAGAAAAAAAAAAAGGACAGAAAGUAACAAAUACGCAAGAAAGGAAAACAUGAAAUAUCAGUUGAUAUUAUUUUUUGCUAUCCUAACAGGCAUACAAUGUCGGUCGAUAAUACUCGAUGAAAUGCCUAAAAAUGACAGCGCCAAACCGAAAAGAAUCGAGCGAUCGUUUGACGAUGAAAUAACAGAUAAAAUGGAACAAUUCGAUAGGAAGAAUGAAGCCGAAUCGACGACGAAUGUAUUCUGGUUACCUUCACCGUUCAUAUAUCCAACGUGGUUACGAUCUUCAAAUCAAUCUUUCUGGCAAUUAUCUGAGAAAUAUUUAAAAAGAAGUGAAAAUUCUGAUUCCACUUUGACGGAACAAAAAGAUAACAAAGAAACUUGGAAUAACGAUAAAUUAUAUAUCGAGGAAGGGGCUAAAAUGAUCAAAACCUGUGCCGAACAAAUCGACGAAAUGUUGCUUUUGAUACAAAACGCUCUUGGUCAAUUUCGAAAAUAUUUGAACGAAUGGUGCAGGAAUCAUCAUUCGAUGGUCAAAUUAUCACCGGAAUCAUCCGAUACAUUUUAUCUUCCUAAAAAUUGACUGAAUAUUUAGAUAUUAAUACGAAAUUUAAAAAAGAAAAUUUGAACUCAUCUUUAUAUUGUCAAUAUAUUGAUCUAUCAUCUUAUAAUAUUAACCAAAUAUCUAUUCAUUAAAUUUUACAUUUUAUAACAUUUAAAAUGCAAUUAACUAUAUAAAACAAACAAACAAAAAUUAUUAUAAAACAACAAAUAAAAAUA